CAUAAGAGUGAGAGCGGUACAGGGAUGAACCUGAAGCCGCGGCGUGUUUAAGGAAAGCGGGGUCGCUCUCACGCAGCUCACGGCCAUGGACCGCUUCUGCAACGCGGAUUCCUACAACUCCGUCGACCCGUUCUGGGACUGGAACCGCACAUGGCGUGCUCAAAACCCAGACGUGACGCAGUGUUUUCAAAACACGGUCCUCAUCUGGAUCCCAUGUUUCUACCUCUGGCUCAUCACACCCUUUUACUUUCUGUACCUCAAAAGUCAUAAUCGCGGCUACAUCUGCAUGAGCCGCCUGAAUAAAGCCAAAACCGUCACUGGGUUACUGCUGUGGAUUAUCUGCUGGUCAGAUGUUUUCUACACUUUCUGGGAAAGAGGCCACGGGGUUGCACUCGCACCCGUUUACCUGGUCAGUCCCACGCUGCUGGGCAUCACCAUGUUGCUGGCUACGUUUUUCAUCCAGUACGAGCGGAUGAAGGGCGUCCAGUCCUCCGGAGUGAUGCUGCACUUCUGGCUCAUAUCUUUAGUUUGCGCUACAGUCACGUUUCGCUCCAAAAUCCUGCAGGCCCUCGACGAGCUUGCAUCUGUAAACAUCUUCAGAUACACCACCUUCUACAUUUACUACACACUGUUGUUAAUCUCCCUCGUCCUGUCCUGCAUGUCUGACCAACCGCCGCUUUUCUCCCCGACAGUCAAAGAUCCGAAUUCAUGUCCUGAAGCUGGAGCAAGCUUCCUGUCCAGAAUCACCUUCUGGUGGAUCACAGGGUUGAUGAUGCGUGGAUAUAAAAAGCCUCUAGAGGAGAAAGAUUUAUGGUCCCUAAACCCAGACGAUGAGUCUCAGAGUGUCGUCCCUCAGCUGGUGCGCCGCUGGGAUCACGAGUGCAACAAGGUCAAAAGCAGGCCAGAAGACAAAGCCAAGGCUCUGUACUCUCCUAAACGCUCGUCCAGGGCCGAGAACAAAGACUCGCAACCGAUCGAAGAGUCCGAGAUCUUGAUCUCGAAAGCUUCUCAGAAGCCCAAGGAGCCGUCGCUCCUCCUCGCCCUGUGCCGGACCUUCGGGCCGUACUUCCUCGUCAGCACUGUCUACAAGUUCAUUCAUGACGUCCUGAUGUUCGCGGGGCCAGAAUUCCUCAGGCUGUUGAUCCAGUUUGUGAACGACUCCAGCGCCCCCUUCUGGCACGGCUACUUCUACACGGCGCUGCUGUUCUUGUGCACCUGCGCCCAGACGCUCAUCCUGCAGAGAUACUUCCACGUGUGUUUCGUGUCGGGAAUGAGGCUGCGUACGGCCAUCGUGGGCGCCGUGUACAGGAAGGCUCUGGUGAUUACGAAUGCCGCUCGGCGCACCUCUACGGUGGGAGAAAUCGUAAACCUUAUGUCUGUAGACGCACAGCGCUUCAUGGACCUGAUCACGUACAUUAACAUGAUCUGGUCCGCGCCUCUACAGGUCGUCCUGGCGCUUUACUUCCUGUGGCAGAAUCUGGGCCCAUCAGUGCUGGCUGGCGUUGCCGUGAUGGUGCUGAUGGUUCCAGUAAACGCAGUUAUAGCCAUGAAAACCAAAACCUACCAGGUUGCACAGAUGAAGAGCAAAGACAACAGGAUAAAGCUGAUGAACGAGGUGCUGAACGGCAUCAAGGUGCUGAAGCUGUACGCGUGGGAGCUGGCCUUCAAAGACAAGGUGUCUCAGAUCAGAGAGAGCGAACUGCGCGUGCUGAAGAAGGCCGCGUACCUCGCCGCCGUCUCCACCUUCACCUGGGUGUGCGCUCCAUUCCUGGUGGCGCUGUCGACGUUCGCCGUGUACGUGCUCGUGGACGAGAACAACAUUCUGGACGCGCAGAAGGCCUUCGUGUCGCUCGCGCUCUUUAACAUCCUGCGUUUUCCUCUGAACAUGCUCCCCAUGGUCAUCAGCAGCAUGGUGCAGGCGAGUGUUUCAAUGAAGCGUCUGCGUGCAUUUCUUUCUCAUGAGGAACUGGAAGAGGACAGUGUGGAUCGCAGAGCAGUUACUGGCUCACCCGAAAGCAUCAGGAUCGUGGACGGAACUUUCAGCUGGUCUAAAGACGACCCUCCUGCUUUAAAGAGGAUUAAUGUGUGUAUACCUGAAGGAGCGCUUGUUGCUGUAGUAGGUCAGGUCGGUUCGGGAAAAUCCUCCCUGCUCUCUGCUCUUUUGGGAGAAAUGCACAAACAGGAGGGCUCGGUGUCAGUCAAGGGUUCGGUGGCGUACGUGCCCCAGCAGGCGUGGAUCCAGAACGCCACACUGAAGGAGAACAUCGUGUUCGGGCAGCAGAUGAAGGAAAGCUCCUAUCAGAGAGUGCUGGAGGCCUGCGCUCUCCUCCCAGACCUGGAGAUCCUUCCCGGAGGAGACGACACAGAGAUCGGAGAGAAGGGAGUGAAUUUAUCAGGAGGACAGAAGCAGCGUGUCAGUUUGGCUCGAGCGGUGUAUUGUGAUUGCUCUGUGUAUUUUAUGGACGAUCCCCUGUCCGCCGUCGACGCUCACGUCGGGAAACACAUCUUCGAGAAGGUCAUCGGGCCUCAUGGUCUACUGCAGGGACACACGCGUGUGCUGGUGACCCACGGCCUCAGCUUCCUGCCUCAGGUCGACCUCAUCCUGGUGAUGGAGGAUGGACAGAUCACGGAGGCAGGCUCGUACACGGAGCUGCUCGGCCGACACGCCGCCUUCGCCGAGUUCCUGCGCUCUCACACCAACACUGAACAGGAAGAGGAGAGCGAGGGGGGCGGAGAGGAGGGCAGGGCGCAGGAAGAGCAGAGUGAGAAAUCUGAAGAUACAACUUCACGGAAAACUCUGGAAAACGGAGGACCGGCGGCUCUGAUCGGACAAAGCCAGGGUUCUUUACCCACAUCAGGAGCUUUGAAGCAGAAGACUGAGAGCAACGACAUCAAAGAGCAGAAAGUUAAAUCCUCAGACGCGGCCAAACUGACCGAGGCGGAUAAAGCCAAGACCGGCCGAGUGAAGCUCGCCGUGUUCUGGGAGUACAUGAAGGCCAUCGGAGUUUGUCUGUCGGUCUUCAGCAUCUUACUCUUCCUCGCUCAUCAUGUCGCGUCCCUGGGUUCUAAUUACUGGCUCAGCUUAUGGACAGACGAUCCGGUCAUUAAUGGGACUCAACCCACCAGAGACAUGAGACUGGGAGUGUAUGGAGCGCUGGGACUCACACAAGGAAUCGCCGUGUUCUCUUACUCCAUCUCCGUAUCGAUCGGUGGGAUCCUGGCGUCUCGCUACCUUCACGAGACCAUGCUGUACAACGUCCUGCGCUCGCCCAUGUCGUUUUUCGAACGCACUCCCAGCGGGAACCUGGUCAACCGCUUCUCCAAGGAGACGGACACCAUCGACUCCGUGAUCCCGAGCAUCAUCAAGAUGUUCAUGGGCUCCAUGUUUAACGUUCUGGGGUCGUGCGCCGUCAUCCUCAUCGCCACUCCGUUUGUCGCUGCCAUCAUCCCUCCUCUUGGGAUCUUCUACUUCUUUGUGCAGCGCUUCUACGUAGCCUCGUCUCGGCAGCUGAAGCGUCUGGAGUCGGUGAGCCGCUCUCCGGUGUACACACACUUCAACGAGACCCUUCUGGGUACGAGCGUGAUCCGAGCCUUUGGAGUGCAGAACCGCUUCAUCAGAGAGAGCGACAGCCGAGUGGAUCACAACCAGAAAGCCUACUUCCCUAGCAUUGUGGCUAAUAGGUGGUUAGCAGUGAGGCUGGAGUUUGUGGGGAACUGCAUCGUGACGUUUGCUGCGUUUUUUGCCGUGAUGGCCAGAGACAGCCUGAGUCCAGGCAUCAUGGGACUGUCCAUCUCCUACGCCUUGCAGGUCACAGCGUCUCUUAACUGGUUGGUGAGAAUGUCGUCGGAGAUCGAGACCAACAUCGUAGCUGUAGAGAAAGUAAAGGAGUACGAAGAAACCGAGAAGGAGGCGGAAUGGAAACUGGAGAAAAUCUCCGUUCCUGCUGGAUGGCCCACCGUGGGUCACAUCGAGAUCCGGAAUUUUGGUCUGAGGUACCGACAGGACCUGGAACUGGCCAUCCAUGACAUCAACGUGGCCAUCAAGGGAGGAGAGAAGGUGGGAAUUGUGGGUCGGACCGGAGCUGGGAAGUCGUCUCUAACUCUCGGGUUGUUCCGGAUCAUCGAGGCGGCUCAGGGAGAGAUCUGUAUCGAUGGAGUGAACAUCUCUGAGCUUGGCCUUCAUGAUCUGCGCUCUCGCAUCACCAUCAUCCCACAGGACCCGGUUCUGUUCUCCGGAUCUCUGCGCAUGAACCUGGACCCGUUCGAUGGUUACUCUGAUGAGGAGGUGUGGAAAGCUCUGGAACACGCUCAUCUCAAACACUUCGUCUCAGGCCUUCAGGACAAACUGAACCACGAGUGUUCAGAGGGAGGAGAGAACCUCAGUCUGGGUCAGAGACAGCUGGUGUGUUUGGCUCGAGCUCUCCUCAGGAAGACAAAGAUUUUGGUUCUGGAUGAAGCCACAGCGGCUGUGGACGUGGAGACGGACGAACUGAUCCAGUCCACCAUCCGCACACAGUUCGAGGAGUGUACAGUGCUGACCAUCGCUCACCGCCUCAACACCAUCAUGGACUACACACGUGUGCUGGUUCUAGAUAAAGGUCAGAUGGUGGAGUUCGAUUCUCCGUCCAGUCUCAUCGCACAGCGGGGGAUCUUCUACAAAAUGGCCAAAGACUCGGGUUUGGUCUGAUUUAAAACCAACGAGAGGAAAAGCAGCAGCACUCUUUCUGCCACGGUCACUCCAAAGCCCACUUCAGUCACUCGGCUCUUUACCGUCUGGAACCAGCGGUCCGGCGUAGAGCACAAGUAGAACACACAUCUCACUUCAGAACCCACCGUUCAUUCUAGAACACAGCCUUUUCCUUCCGGAAGCCACCGUCCGUUCUAGAGCACAGCUGUCACUCCGGGAGGCCCCGAUCCAUUUUAGAACACUGCACUGACCCCAGAAUAAACUGCCCUUUGUAGAACACAGCUGUGGGCGGAGCCUGUGGGCGGAGCCUGGGGACAGAUGAUCUGUAACAAACGCUCUCUUUUCAAGCUGUUAUUUAGCGUCGUUAUUUUGCCGGGGGUUAAAGAGAAAGACUCGACUUUCACACCAAAAAAUAUAUACGUUUAUUUAGUCAGAUUUUAUUUUUGAAAUACAAAAAGAGAAUAUUAGUUCAGUUUAAUUUAUAAAUCGACAUUUCUGUUUUCUUUCACAACUGUGUGUGUGUGUCUUUAAUGCGUUAAAGGUGUGUUGUGCGGUCCGAUCAAGCUUUGGAACACAACCAGGCCUUCUUCACUCAGCCCAGUGACAUGCUGGCUCUAAUCCCUGAAUAUCAUCAUCUCACACACACACACACACACACACACACACACACUUUGAGGAGGUGAAGCAGUAAUAAAGAAUACUGAGCAGGAGAUAAAUACAAUAAAUAUAGAAUAAUUAUAAUAAAUCGAAAUCUCUGCAUUAUCUAAUAUACAUUAAGUUGCCAUUUAUGAACAAAACUGCAAUAAGACAUGAAAGUGGGACGAUGUGAUGCGGUGCGUUUCACUAACACCGCGUUCACACCAGCACGCUAGACAAGGCGAACACAACCGAAGAAAGUGAACGAAGCACUUAAUCAAAUGUAAUUAUGGUGUCAAGCAAAAAAAAAAAAAAAAAUUCACAUCGUAUACUUAAAAAAAUUGAGUUCUGCUGUUUGGUGUUGAACAGACAACAUGAGAGCUGUGCCACGUCCUCAGGAGACGAACCUGGUGUCUGAUGUAUUCGAUCAUAUUUCAGUGGUUGAUGGCGUUUGUUCAUACGUCUUGUCAUCUUUUACACGACACAUCAAUUUAUUUAUUUAUUCUUUUUUUUUUUUUUGAUGUCUGAGUAAAACAGACGUACGCUCAGGUCACGUGACGUACCGGCACAAUUCGCCACAUCAUCACCGUGUCUGUCUGACACCGAUAUGUACUUUUAUUUAUGGUUUAUCUAAAUGCAGUUGGAGGAAAACAGAACUUUUAUCACGAUGAAUGUAAAGUUUCGUAUCGUUACGUCCGUCGGCCAGUUUAUCGCGGGUCACUGCACUUUGCCAGAGUUUGUUAUUUUUUUUUUCUUUUUUCCUCCUCAUUUCCCCAAAACAAUACAGAAUAUUAGACCUCAUUGUGUUGCCUUCUGACUAUCCAGGCUAUUUACUCCUGAACGGUGAGAGAGGAGGAGGAGGAGGAUGAUGAUGAUCUCGAUCUCAUCGUAAACCAGUUUGUUCAAAAUUACAAUCUAAUUGAAUUCAACUUGUUUUUUUUUUGUUUUGUUUUUAAUUAUUAUUUUUAUAAACUAACUGACGGCACAUAAUGAAUCUCAGGCUGUGUAACUAAACACAUGAAACUAAUUAUACUAUGAUUCAUGUCUAAUCUUCUCACUCAGCAAUUAACAACUAUCAGUUUUUUUUUUAAAUCAUUUGUGGCCACCGAAUCCUCUACGCUGUGGCUCUGCCUUAUUAAAGAUGAUCCCUGUCACCUCCGUGGAGCUUCGUGUUGAAUAUAGACGUUAUUAUGGGGCUCUCUGCUCUCUCUACUUUGUUCUGUUUGUUUUUUGCUGCUCUCACUUUUUUUUCUAUGCAAGUUUGAUUUUGUAGGAAAAGACUCUGUUACAGCUCAAUGUCUGUAUAAAUAUAUCCAGGGCUGGUCUUUAUUUUUAAUAUCACUCUACCUGCUGAGGGGUGUGUGUGUGUAUGUGUGUGCGCGUCUGACUGUCUGUGUGCGUGUGUGUGUGUCUGACUGACUGUGUGUGUGUGACUGAGUGUGUGUGUCUGACUGACUGUGUGUGUCUGACUGACUGUGUGUGUGACUGACUGUGUGUGUGUGUGUGUCUGUGUGUGACUGACUGACUGUGUGUGCAUCUGAAUGUGUGUCUGACUGUGUGUCUGACUGACUGUGUGUGUGUGUCUGACUGACUGUGUGUGUGUGACUGACUGUGUGUGUGUGUCUGUGUGUGACUGACUGACUGUGUGUGUGUGACUGACUGUGUGUGUGUGUGUGUGUCUGUGUGUGACUGACUGACUGUGUGUGCAUCUGAAUGCGUGUCUGACUGUGUGUCUGACUGUGUGCGUGCGUGUGUGUGUGUGUUCUAGCUGAACGUACCAAACACGUCCUUUUAUCGUCAGUCUGAAGUUUGUUACCAAACUUUUUCUCUUCAAAGCCACAUUUGUUUGUUACUUAUUUAUAGUGUGUUUGUUCUGUAUGUUUGUGUUAUUAUUUGUAAUACACAUGCACUAGUUUUGAAGUGUGCUUUAUUUCAUGAAAAUACAAUUUAGAAAAAAUAAAUAAAUUGUUUUGUAA